ACCAGGAAGCGGGGGCGGGACUUCGGGGCUGUAGCCGGGGUUACUCGGAGGCGGAGCCGCCGGGAGCGCUGUGGCCCGGAUGUCCGGGCGCUGCCGCUGGAUCCGCUGAUCCUGGAGCUUCUCCGGAGAAACCUACAGGCGGCCAAUGGCUGUCGAUAUUCAACCAGCAUGCCUUGGACUUUAUUGUGGGAAGACCCUAUUAUUUAAAAAUGGCUCAACUGAAAUAUAUGGAGAAUGUGGGGUGUGCCCAAGAGGACAAAGGACAAAUGCACAGAAAUAUUGUCAACCUUGCACAGAGUCUCCAGAACUUUAUGAUUGGCUUUAUCUUGGAUUUAUGGCUAUGCUUCCUCUUGUUUUACAUUGGUUCUUCAUUGAAUGGUACUCGGGGAAAAAGAGUUCCAGUGCACUUUUCCAGCACAUCACUGCGUUAUUUGAAUGCAGUAUGGCAGCUAUUAUCACCUUACUUGUGAGUGAUCCAGUCGGAGUUCUUUAUAUCCAUUCAUGUCGAGUAUUGAUGCUUUCUGAUUGGUACACGAUGCUUUACAACCCAAGUCCAGAUUACGUUACCACAGUGCACUGUACUCAUGAAGCUGUCUAUCCACUAUACACCAUCGUAUUUAUCUAUUAUGCAUUCUGCCUGGUGUUAAUGAUGCUGCUCCGACCUCUUCUGGUGAAGAAGAUCGCAUGUGGGUUAGGGAAGUCGGAUCGAUUUAAAAGUAUUUAUGCUGCACUUUAUUUCUUCCCAAUUUUAACCGUGCUUCAGGCAGUUGGUGGAGGCCUUUUAUAUUAUGCCUUCCCAUAUAUUAUAUUAGUGUUAUCCUUGGUUACUCUGGCUGUGUACAUGUCGGCUUCUGAAAUAGAGAACUGCUAUGAUCUUCUGGUCAGAAAGAAAAGACUUAUUGUUCUCUUCAGCCACUGGUUACUUCAUGCCUAUGGAAUAAUCUCCAUUUCCAGAGUGGAUAAACUUGAGCAAGAUUUGCCCCUUUUGGCUUUGGUACCUACACCAGCCCUUUUUUACUUGUUCACUGCAAAAUUUACCGAACCUUCUCGGAUACUCUCGGAAGGAGCCAAUGGACACUGAAUGAAAAAAUUUUAAAUGCCAAAAAACCUAAGAAGUAUACUUAGUUAAAAAGUAAAGAAAU